CCAAAGUCAAAACUAUCGAGCCACACAAACACUCUUGAAGUAAACAGUAGCACCAUGAGCAAGGAACAGCUGAAGAAGCCUGAAGCGAAGCAAGAGGCAAUCAAAUACGGCGACAUUUUCAACGUCUCCGGCGAACUAGCAUCCAAACCCAUCGCACCACGAGACGCGGCUCUCAUGCAGGCAACGGAGAACGAAGCCUUGGGACAAACCCAGAAGGGAGGCCCCGCCGCGCUCAUGCAAUCCGCGGCAGCUCUCAACGCCGGCGCGGGCCUGGUCGGGCGGCGUGACAUCUCCGACGUGGCGAGGGAGCAAGGCGUGAGCGUGUCGGAGACCAAAGUGGGCGGCGGCCGCGUCAUCACGGAGUCCGUUGGAAGACACGUGGUGGGGCAGUUCGUGGAACCCGACGUGCCCAUGCACACCCCCGCCACCGCCCUCGAGAAAGAUGCUGUAACCAUCGGGGAGGCGCUGGAGGCGUCGGCGUUGACGGAAGCGGGGGACAAGGCGGUGGAGGAGAGCGACGCCGCCGCGAUACAGGCGGCGGAGAUGAGAGCGACGGGGAGGAACGAGACGGAGGCUGGGGGUCUGGGCGCCGCUGCCCAGUCAGCGGCCACGUGGAAUACGCGCAGUGUGGGUCAGACUCAGAAGACAACGUUGUCUGAUGUUUUAACGGAUGCGAAGGAGAAGCUUCCGGUGGACAAGGCGGUGACGCGAGAGGAUGCGGAGGCAGUGAUUGGUGCUGAGCUUAGGAACAAGCUCGACAUGAGAACCACUCCUGGAGGGGUUGCUGCGUCCAUGGCCACGGCGGCCACGCUUAAUCAAAACAGAAACGUGGGUGGUGCAUGAACAUCUCGUAGAGCUAAGUAACCAUACAGCGUUUAAACAUAAAUCAACUCACUCGAGUUUCACUACUACAAGUACCCUAAGUCUCUAGUGCCACAGCCACUUUUUGUUCUUCAAUUUCUCUUACUUGUACUUUUUUUAAAAAAAAUUGAAUAUGGCUAUGGAUAUAUAGUAUGUUUCCUUUUUCUGUAUUUAGGACCCUCUCAGUUUAUUAUAUGAUAUUUAAAAAUUCUUCAUACCGAAUAUCACGAAUACAUAGAGGAAUGGGGAGACUCUGAAACAUGAUGAAUAACCUUAUAUAGGUAUAUAUAAGGGAUAUUGCUACGGUCUCCCUUGUAUAUGAGGGAGGGAGGGGGUUUUGGUGUCCUUCUCAUUUUUCUGAAUCACAGAUUGACACAUACAUGUAAUAAGUCCAGGCAUAGUCAAUUGAUCAAGAGACAAUCGGGAAAUUACACAGAAGGACAGUAUAAUGUAUUUUUUAUUUUAAUUA